GCUCAGCCAGUUUGAGAGGCUCUGCGGUGUUUGCACACGCGUAAGCUCGCCGCAGACGCAUAAUUGCGGCCAGCUCAUCUUCGCUACACGGUCGCUGCGUUGUUGCCGUCGCGCUGUGCAAAAAUCAGCUCUCUGAGCGUGCGCACGCAGAGCACAAUCAGUCAGCACAAUCAGUCAGCACAGCAACUCGUCAUCAUGCAUGCGCGAACGUGGUGUCUCUUACAACUGGCGGCCGUGAUUGAUGCCGCGGGCAGUGGCCGGCCAAGCCCGCGCCCGCGCCCACGCCCGUCGCCGACGCCGAAGCCCACGAUGCCGCAGCCAACUACGCUCGCGCCGACGACCGUCGCCGCCUCGACUUGUCGGAGCACCAUCGCCACCGCGCCGACGCCGUCUCUGUUGGUAGCGAACUACUCGUCGAUGGAGGACGCCUACGACAACGUGCAGCACGGCCACGCCACCUACGAGUGCGCAGAAAUUUUAAUAGAGGAGCUGCAGCAGUACGACAAGGCCGAGCCCUACCUGUGGUGCGUCCUAGACCACUGCGCCGGCUGCGACGUCAAUGGGAUGUGCCCGACGGCGUACCUGAGCCUCGAGACCACCUCCAAGUGCGAGAGCGCGGUCUGGAACUAUCUGGGCUUCGUGAACCGCAAGAAGGCCACGCCCGACUACGACCACGCAAAAACGUACUACGACAAGGCCCUGGAGCUGUGGCCCGCGAACUGUGGGGCCCUCUCCUACAUGACGGAGCUCCACCUGACCUUAAAUAAUGCGACGGCGGCGCGCGCCACGCACGCGGACUUUUGCACCGCAUGCGACGGCCCUUCGGAAGACGCCGUCGCGGCGCUCGGGCGCUGCCCGACGCCGGCGCCCUCGGACGUCGUGGACGCGGCGCGGCGCCGGGGCCCGACGGUGUUCGACGGGGUCCUCAUGGUCCUGUCCAUAGCGGUCGUCUUCUAUCUCCUCUCCUUCAUGGCCUGCGAGCCGCCCGGCUGUGGCCGCGACCCGAAGCCUUUCCGGGGGGACAAGUGGUAGUGAGCCACCAG